UUUAAAGUUGGUAAACUUAAUCUCUUCAAAACCCAAAAACCCCAUACCAGAUCCUCACUCCUCCCUUGCUCCACAUCUCUUCACAAGAACUAGAUCACGUCAAUACUCCCCUUACCCAGAUUCUGAAACCAUACCGGACAUCCAUGGAUCCGUGCCCUUUUGUACGGGUCCUCGUCGGUAACUUAGCCCUUAAGUUUCCUGUUUCCUCCUCUAAACCCUCUCUCUCGAGGAUUCACCCAUCUUCAACCCCAUGUUUCUGCAAAAUCAAGCUCAAAACUUUCCCCGAUCAGAUGGCCACCAUACCUCUAGUCCAGCAGCAACAGUUAGACCAUGAUCAAUCCCACAUCCAAAGCCAUGAAUCUUUCAGCGCCUCCAAUCCCAUCUCUCUCGCCGCCUGCUUCACUUUCAACAAGACCCAGACCGACAAGUUCGUUGAGAAGCAAGUUGUGUCCAAUAAACACCCGGUUCUGUCAAUUGAUGUCUACUCUGCUCCCGAUGGCGCGUCUUGCGGGAUUCCAUCUGGGAAGUUGCUGGGGAAGGUCUACGUGCCGCUGGAUCUUCGAGGGGCGGAGUCCAGGGCUUGUGUGGUGCACAAUGGUUGGGUCACUUUGGGCGCAAGCAAGAAGGGGUCAUCGGCGGAAAUGCAUUUUACCGUUAAGGUUGAACCAGACCCAAGGUUUGUUUUCCAGUUUGGUGGAGAGCCUGAAUGCAGUCCUCAGGUUUUUCAGGUUCAGGGCAGUGCUAAGGUCAGGUUCAGAUUCUGGUUCUUGCCACAAGCAGUACGUAGAGGGUUCGUAAUGUCAUCAACGGUGGAAGGUGUGGGGAAGUGCAGCAAGCCAGAGGUGGAGGUGGGGGUGCAGCACGUGACGUGCACGGAGGAUGCGGCAGCUUUUGUGGCGCUGGCAGCAGCCAUGGACCUGAGCAUGGAUGCUUGUAGGCUGUUUUCUCAACGGCUAAGGAAAGAGCUGAGACAGCAGUUUGUCGUUUAA